AUGGUAAUGGAGUGCCACCCAUCCACAGCAGUCCAAGCAUUUAAACUCGCAAUGAACCGGGGGACGCCGUUCCAUACCAGCUUGGUGGUUAAUACGCCAAAGACAAUGGACGAGCUGAACGAGAGAGCUGAUGGUUUUGUUCGCCUUGAGGAGGAAGAAGCAGCUAAUUCAAGGAAGACGUUAAUUAUUUCGACGGAGGAAAAGUCCAAAGCCAAGAUCCGGCAAAAACAAGCUCAACCGCAACGUCAAUCCUCAUGGAAGGCAGAGAAGAGACCCAGGGAGGAGGAAUUAGUCACUCCACUUAGAGUCACUUUAGCAAGGCUAUACCAGGAGAACAAAGAUAAGUUUCGUCCUCCUCUGCCAAUCAGGAACCUAAGGAGGCAGGUAGAGAUGCUGAUCGUAAAGGGAGAGUUUGCAAGCUAUGUCCAGGGUUCGGCGCAAGAGCAUAAUCGCCCGACUGAGCAAAUCAAGCGGAACCAGAGGCCAAACCAACACAACUCCCAACCUGUCAGGAUUAUAAACGCAAUUCAUGGUCGGCCUGAGCAAAUGACGGAGUCAGAGGAGUUACUCAGGACAAGGUUACGCCAGGCCCAGCUAAAAAGGAGAAUUGGCAGUGUGCAUGCUUUACACCAGCAGAACGCGUCCACAUCGAUAAAGUUUGAUAAAACGAACCUGCUACGCGUUCAGAUUCCUCAUGAAGAUCCACUAGUCGUCAGUCUGACGAUUGCAGAAUGCCUGGUUCGGAGAGUCCUGAUUGAUCCAGGAAGUAGUGCGAAUGUCAUGCCCAGGGUGACGUUCGACCGACUGGAGAUCGCACCCGAAAAACUCAAAUCCACAGGGAAUCCGCUACUCGGAUUUGAUGGGAAGCGAGUGGAACCCAUUGGAAUAGUAGAAUUGACAGUACAAGCCGCUGAGCGAGUUCUGACUGAAAGUUUCGUGGUAGUGGAAAUUUAUCCAUCAUACAACCUCUUGAUGGGCAGAGGAUGGAUUCACAGAAUUCAGGGCGUUCCAUCAACCUUACAUCAAGUGAUGCGAUGUUUAGGUCCGGAUGGGACCAAGGUGAUAGAUAUACAUGGGGACCAGGUUGCGGCUAAAGAAUGUUAUUCAAUAACUUUAAAAUCUGCUGGAAAAGGGAAAAAUCCCACCCGUUCUGCCAUUCCAAAAUAG